AGGAGUGUCGACAUAAUGGAUAUUUUAAAGUUUGGUUAUGUUGUGCCGACUGUUGAAGAAACCAUGAGUAAAAUAUGGAAAAAAUAUUUAUUGUGGUUUGCCCACCAACAUGCAAAUUUUCGAAAAGAAGAAAUGAAUUCGAUUAUCAGUAUGUUCAAAAUAACCUUAAGGCUUGUUUUUGAGUCAACAGAUCAUCCUUUCUGGAUUGUUGAAUUAUCAUCCCCUGAUGAAGCUUAUUUAAUAGCAAGCAGGUCGGUAUUACUUCGUUAUUGUAUUGAAUUAUGGGCGCGUUCGACAAACAUAGAAGUUCUUCAUUCAGAUUUGAAAUCUUAUCCAAAAGAUGAAAUAGAAUUGUAUUUAAGUACAACUUUCAAAGUUGUCGUUGAGACAUUUUGUAAACAUUAUACACAAAGAGAGAAAGUAGAGAAAAUUGAAACUUUCAACUAUUUGCCAUUAAAGGGCUCGGUAAAUUUAAAAAAUCCAGACACUACGCUAUUUUAUAUAGAAUACUAUGGUAUCGAAUCAAAUUCAAUACCAGAAAAGCCUAUUGAAUUAUUUUUUGGACGAUGGAUUGCAGAUGGUCAAAGAGAUACAAUUCAAAAACUUUCUUUAAAAUCAAGGAAAUUUAUAGGCAACACCUCUAUGGAUCCCCAGCUUUCAAUUAUAAUGGCAAAUCAGGCUCGAGUGAAAAAAGGAGAUAUGGUUUUAGAUCCAUUUGUUGGCACUGGCUCGCUGCUGAUUAUUGCAUCUAUAUUUGGCGGCUAUACGUUUGGUACCGAUAUAGAUUUUUUAAUGCUUCAUGCUCGUACAAGGCCUUCGAGAAUUUCGCAGAAAAUACGAGAUAAAGAUGAAAGUAUAGCAUCAAAUAUGGAACAAUAUGGUGUAAAAUCACGCUUUUUAGACGUAUUAGUAUCAGAUUUUUCUAGAACAUUAUGGAGAACAGAUAUGCAAUUAGAUGCAAUUAUUACAGAUCCUCCAUAUGGGAUUCGUGAAGCUGUAGAACGCGUUGGAACAUUAAAAUCUAAUCCUUUUAUCGAAGAUGAUCAAAUUCAUUAUCCAUCUAAAGUAAUUUAUAAAUUGGAGCAUUUAUUUAUAGAUCUUUUAAUAUUUUCCGUUAAGCAUUUACGAUUGAAUGGGAGAGUGGUGUUUUGGUUUCCAUUAUUUAGAGGUAAAUAUUCAGAGGACCAGCUGCCAUUUCACCCAUGCCUAACUCUCGUAGCCAGUUCAGAACAAAUUCUCAGUAAUUACACCAGCAGGCGAUUAUUGACGUACGAAAAAAUUAAGGAGCCAGAGACUGACGAUCCAGCGUGUACGAUAGGUGAAGCGAAUUUUCGCGAUCAAUACUUCAACAUGAGAAAGGAGUCGCGUACUGUGAGGCGAUUGCGACAAUCUGGUGAGCGAGCGCGUCAAAGGAUGGAAUGGGAGAUGAGGAAGACGACGAAUGGAGAUAAAACUUGAUUGACAAUACUUUAAUUAAUAAUGAAUAAUUUCUUAACUGUAUAAUAAAUAUUAAAUAUAAUUCGUUUACUAAACAUUAAAUAGUCGGCACGCACCAUUUACUUAGUAACAUAAAAUUACAUUGUCUUUUAGUGAUAUGAACAUGUAUAUGAUGAUAUAUUUACUUAAGGAUGCUCGUGAAUUUAUAUUAUCGAUAUGAUUGUGAAUAAUUAGCAUUAUAGUAGUUAAAGAGAGAGAGAGAGAGAGAGAGAGAGAGAGAGAGAAAAAUUGAAAAUUGGAAAAACGUAUAAAAUGUAUAGAAAAUAUAGUUUGGUAUAGAACAAUACAAUUGGCACUGAAUUCGUAACGUGCAAUCGCAUGGCCUGCGGCGAAAAAAUUUC